AUGCAGAGUCUCGUUGACGAGAUCAAUUCCAAGCAGACCACAUGGACCGCGUCGACUGGGCAAAAAAGAUUCAAGAACCUCUCCCUGCGUGAUGCUAAGAUGCUAUGUGGGACGCGGAUGAGAGGGUCAAACGACAAAGUCAUAAGAAAAGGCUACGCUAUAGAAGAACUACAAGAUCUUCCAACUGACUUCGACGCUCGCACCGCAUUUCCCAAUUGCUCAAAGGUUAUCGGCCACAUCAGAGACCAGUCAGCUUGUGGAAGCUGUUGGGCAUUCGGUGUCACUGAGGCCUUCAAUGACCGCUUAUGUGUCAAGUCGAAUGGGACGUUCACGGAGCUCCUAUCGGCCGGCGAGAUGAAUGCUUGUGCGCCGUCCUACGGAUGCGAUGGUGGAUAUCCUGAUUCAGCCUGGUCUUGGGUGCACGAUGAAGGGAUCGCAACUGGUGGAGAUUACGUUGCAAGAGGUAAUUUGACUAAAGGCGAUGGGUGCUGGCCGUACGAUUUCCCGCCAUGCGCUCAUCAUAUCAAUGACACCAAGUACCCCAAAUGCCCGAAGGGCUCAUACGAGACUCCCAACUGUGUUGAACAAUGCCACAACCCGAAGUAUUCAACCAGUUUGAAAAAUGAUCGUCAUUACAUGUUGGAAUCCUCUCCGUAUCAAUACUCUGUGAACAAUGCCAAAAAUGCUAUCAGGACCGAUGGCCCAGUUUCGGCUUCGUACCUUGUUUACGAAGAUUUCCUAGCCUACAAGUCCGGUGUAUACAAGCAUACUUCUGGUUCAUAUCUCGGUGGACAUGCUGUGAAGAUAAUUGGUUGGGGUGAGGAGAAUGGAGAAGCUUACUGGCUUGUCGUGAACUCCUGGAAUGAAGACUGGGGUGACCACGGGCUUUUCAAAAUAGCCCUUGGAAACUGUCAAAUAGAUGACGACCUGCUUGGUGGUACACCUAAAGUCUGA